AUGAAUUCCAUACGAGGUCACGGAAAUGUGACACAAAUUCUCGUAAUAAGUUCCGUGCUAGCGGUGGAAGUUCACUUUGAAAACAAAGACAGCGGCUUUUUUCUAAAACACACGGCAAGAUGGAGUGGCGCUGGUCCACCACCAGAGCCUAUGGGCACAGCCCUACCCGGUGCUCUUCUUUCACUCGAUCGUUUUACUGUCCUACAAGGUUCAGCUCCAGCAUCAGUUAGAGCAACCUAUGGGCCCUUCUCGACGAAGCAGACUGUCCCAGCGCGGUAUGCGGUCCCGGACCCAUUAGAACCACCUCGAAGGAAUGCGACGUUACUGGAAUUGCAAGACGCAACAGCACACAGACUUGACGUAUCCGCCCAUCUUGUAUUCAGGGAGUUGCCUCGCGACGCUCCCGUAUUACGAGUACUCUUUCACACCGGAGGUGAAGGAGGCGCACGAAGAGCUGCUACAAGAUUACGGAGAGUGUGUAUAACACUACACGCUAGUCUAGGCUCGAAGACCCUAACAGCAACAUGCGGUCCUGAAGGCGAGGAAGGAGCCUGUCUCGCAGAGUUGACUGUGCCAGCAGCAUGGUGGCCGGCAGAUGGAAAAGGGAAGAGGCCGCCUCGUACAUUGAAAUUGGCGUAUAGUGCAGCAGAAGCGAAUAGUGGAGAUGGUGGAGAGGGAGUCUGUGGAAAGGUUUCCGUGCAGCCAGCGUGGCCAUUGGGCACUGUGACCUUAGCAGGUGCUAGGGCUGGGUAUAGAGAGGCGAGGGCUGGAGACACAGCUCUACUACUACCUCGUGCACCUUUGUACCCUCAUUUCCGUCUGCACAUUCCUUUUGUUGUUCGCCGUGAUGCUGGACACACCAUCGGUCAUGUUGUCAUAAGGAUGAAAGUAAAGUCUGGAUUAAGACUGGUAAGCGUGAACGCUGCGAACUCUCAUUGGGCGGUCACUGCUGAAGUCAAGCCUAGGUCUGCAACGGUCACGGCGACACGUCUAGAACAACCACUCCGAGAUGAUGAUGGACUUGAAUUGGAAGAAGAAGAAAGUGGCGCUGGUGGUCCCGGUUGGGAAGAGGUCCUUACGUGGUUGGUGGAAGUCGGGGCAGAGGGAGAAGGAGACAGCGACGGCUCUGAAGGAGAGUCUGGUAGAGGCACUGCGAGACUUAGCUGGUCAGCUAAGGUGUCUUCAACCGCAAGCAGUGCAUCCACGACUGAAGAAACACCACACGAACAUAGAGUUAACACUCGACUCGAUAUUGAGAAGGAUGACAUUCAGGCUGUGCUGCCCAUAUCUAAGAAUUGGGAGGUACUUAACACUGCGGUAUUGACCGGACGACAAGUGUCCCAAGCCAUGAAGGUUCUAAUUGUAUCGCAGGCCGGUCAAGUUGCUGACGUCACACUGCAAAGCUCUUGCCAUUCGGAGGACGAGAGUGUCCUUAAGGUAUCAUCAUCGUGCAGUUCCGUAUACGUUGAUGGUUCCGAAAUUCGUGGAUCGUCGAACGCGUCUGUGAUUGUCAAAUAUGGAACCUACACAGGCCUCGCUAGGUUCACUGUUUGGAUGCCGGAAUAUCCUCUGGAAAUUGACGUUGAUGACAACCGACUAUCACAAGUUAAAGGUUGGAAAGUUUUAGAUGAAACGAACGCUAAGGACAGAUUAAAACGGUCUUUGUCGUCGAGGGGGUGGGGUGCCUCCAGACCCGAUGGCCCAAAUGGACUCACUGAUCAAAGAUCUUGCAGACUCCGUUAUCAACAGAGCAAUGUCGAGGUGUACGCGAGGUUUCUCGCCAAGGACCACGAUUCAGGUCGAGUAUCGUACUUCGUGUCUCGGCGUACUUGGCUCAAAGUGACAGAGCUUGUGCUAUCACUUAUGCGCGUGUCUGAUCCACGGAUUGCCUCGCUAAGGAAUCGUGUGCUGCAAGGACGAAGCACUGGCCGGACAGAAGUACAAGUGCUGUCACCUAUAACAGGACGUGUUAUUGGACUUCGCGAAGUACGGGUGGUGAACGACAAGGUAUCGAUUACUCGACUCUUGGUUCGUGUCAUAUCAGGACUGCAGUUGAACAUAUCGCCUGACACGGCUAUAGAAAACGGAUAUGUAUCAGAGACUACGGUUACACGGCGUUUAACGGCUCAAUAUCAGGAAGGCCUUCUUGACAUAGACAUAGAGUUCUCUGACGGCACUCACACGGCUCUGCGAGAUGUGGCAACAACAGACUACCACUUACUAGUUGAGAGUUUAGACAUUGAAGUGGUUGCGUUUGCGCCGAUGUUGGCGUCAGUACAUCCAAGGGUCAUUGCUGUUGGUGAAGGAAGCGGAGAACUCUUACGCGUGACUCUAUUAACACCUGAUCAGUGUCGCUCUGGGCCUAUUCGUCGCGUGGCAUUACCAGGCAAGGGUGACGCGAAGACCCCGGCUAACAUCAAGAACAUCCCAGGAGCUUUAGCCACGGCCGCGGCCAGCGUCGACGUGGACUUCAGCGGAACUGACUCCCCUCAAAGACCUGACACACCCCAGAAUGAUGAUAUCAUGGCUAGAGGAGGAGUUAGGACUGGAAUGAAUGAUCUCACUGAUCUACUUAAAGAUAUAUCGCGUAUAAAGGACGAGAACAACCAUAACCCAACGGUACAGGCUCAGCAGUACGGCUCCAUCCAUCGGCCUAACAACGGCCAUCCGCGACACGUCGCACAGAAAAAUGAAUCUCAAGUUCAAAUAGGAAUGUCGAUACUUCUUGGAGCGUUUUGUUUUGCAAUAAUGGUAUUCGUAGUAUCCUGUGUGGUGUACGCGUAUAAGUUGAGGAAGGUGAAUUCGGGUGGAUGUAGCCCAGGUGCCACUGAGAACGGAAGGCUGCAGGUGACGAGCCUGGUUGGCACCACUUUGGGGCUGGUCAAGGAGAAGCCUGUCAGGGAAUCUACUACCAACGCUCAUGACUGGGUGUGGUUAGGCCGGGCGACGAUGGAAAAGAAUGGAAAUCGUCAUCCAGUAAACCGGAACUCGACCCAACCCGACAAUACCCAAGAGAUGCGCAUCACCAGCAACCCUCUGAACUACAACUACGUGGACCCAGAAGACGCAAUCCGGGAGAACGUGAUGGUGACCAGCUUCGACAACCCCAACUCCAUCGAACUGCCUUCACAGACCGAAAAGCGGGUCAUCGACACCACCACGUACUGCAAGAAGCCCAAGCCUCAGAACUCCGACGGUCAUUGGCAGGAUGCGACUGACGACUACCGCCCCCCUGUUCCGCCUCACAGACAUACAUCGACUCCUCAGCCCCAGGUCCCUCUGCCGCCACGACAUACCAAUAAAAUUUUGCCCGACACCGUCAUGCCACCAUCAAGGCGAAGUCACUCCAGGAAUCACCACAAGAAACACGAACGCGAGCAUGAGUCUGCCAAACGAUCUCCGGAAAAUAAUCGCCAGCCAGACCGAAUUAUUGAUUUAAACAGAACCGAUUCGCCAUACAUGACCCGAGACCUGAAACGCGACUCCUACCCAUUACGACUCCGCAACGACUUCGAUGACCCAAUGGAAAAGCUCAAUAAAGACGACUGCGCCAGAUUGUUCGAGUUCGACACCGAUGCUCCCCUCAUCAUGGAGAAUAAGGAUUAUCGAGAGAUCGUCGGCCUCAACAGAGGAACGGACGACUCGAGACGCACCUUUACGAAGCCCGAGAGCCCGGACUAUAUGCACGAUUCUGGAAUCGGCCUACCUGAUAUGCAAGUACGGCAUAAGAAUAAAUCAAAGGAUGGAAAUGGCAAAGGCGACUUCGUGGAGCUGUCGAAUCAAAACAAAGUGAACACUUCGCCAGAGGUGAAGCGCGCAACGAUCGUGGGCAACCCGAUGUUCUCCCGCGGCGCAGGAGGGGCAGGGGAGCCCCCCGUGGAGUCCCUCGGCAUCGACGACUUGCACAUGGACUACGAUCAAAUCAUGCAUUAUUUCCAUAACCUUAAGCAUAUCACCCAAGCUCCAAUCGACGUAUUCAAUGCACCCACCGGUCAGGUGGAGGAUACCAAUAUUGACUCGCAAAAAAUGUCGAAUGUCGCACCCAAUGUGCUCUGUGACUCGAUCGCUCAGAAUAACCACUUUAUGAAGCGACAUCUCGAGUUCCUCUUGGGAAACUUGAGCGAGGCGUACGAAUGA